CCACAAUCCAGCGGCAAGUCUGAUAUUAGCACAAUAUGGCUCCUUUGACGCUUUCAACUGUCGACAGGCUAGACAGGCCUAGUACUUACUACUCUGGAAGGAAGAAGCGCAAGUAUGGCCGCGAUCAGCCAGACGACCGAGACGGCGCAGAUAAACAGCCGGAGGAGGACGAACUACUCAAAGAUGCGACCACUCUAUAUGUUGGCAAUCUGUCCUUCUACACAACCGAAGAACAGAUCCACGAGCUCUUCUCAAAGUGUGGCGAAAUCAAGCGUCUGAUUAUGGGCCUCGAUCGCUACCAAAAGACACCCUGCGGCUUCUGCUUCGUCGAGUACUAUACACAUCAAGACGCUUUAGAUUGCAUGAAAUACAUCGGCGGGACCAAACUAGACGAACGAGUCAUUCGAACUGAUCUGGACGCCGGUUUCCAAGAUGGAAGACAAUUUGGUCGCGGCAAGUCUGGUGGACAAGUUCGUGACGAAUAUCGAGACGAAUUCGAUCCUGGACGAGGAGGUUACGGCAGAGCCAUCGACGCUGAACGAAAGAAGGAAGAGGAGGAAUAUGGCAGCGGAAGGUAAACACUAUAUCGACUAACUCUAGUUGCUAUAUAAGGCGAACUCCAGCAUGCGGUCAAUCGCAGCAACCCGACCAUGGUCUUAUUCACUCCGACUUAGUUACAGAUGUUCUACCGACUGCGGCCAAGACUUGUUUCAGCCACCAAACGUGUAUCCGAAUAUCGGCGGUCAGUUCAGGAUGAAAGCUCGUUCCGAAGACGUUACCUUGCUUGACAGCAAUGAUAUCGCCGACCUCUUCUCCAGCAUUUACUUCAGCACCCAUAGCAUUUGCCUUCUUGAGUCGACCAGGAAGCACGCCCAUGACAUCAACAUGAGAACUCAUUGCUUGCCGGGCGUGAUUGUCUCUGGCAGAUUUCGAUGGGGCAACGACGGUCUGAGCCAUCUGCUGUUCUCCUUUCUGAACACCUUCGACAUUGGGCAAGAUCUUUUCGACAACGGGUGCUCGGAUGAAGACUCCUGGAAAUGGUUCAUGCGACACUGAUUCCUCUGAUUUCAAGAACGGAAGGUCUAGGUCGGCCUGGAAACUCUCGACUUGCCUACCGAAAUGGUUGCGAUUCACUCGAACAUCUAGACCACCGAUGAGAUCCUGACCUCCCUUCUUGAUGGCAUUUGCUGCCUCGGAUAGCAGGAUGAGUCCAGCACAUGUUCCCCAGGUUGGCUUCCGAUCAACUCUGGGUCAUAAUUAGACUAGUCAUUCAAAGACGGUGGCCAUGGGAGAUAGCAUACUUUACAAAGUCCCUUAAAGGCUCCAGCAGACCAGACUCUGCCGCCACUAGAGAGAUGGUUGUGCUCUCACCGCCGGGGAUAAUCAAUGCGUCGCAUCGGGAAAGCUGUUCAACAUUUCUGACUUCUGUGAACUCGAAGGACGUCGUGACUCCGUGGCUUUGUAAAUGACUUGCAGCUCUUUUGAGUAGUAUCAAAUGUUCCAGAAAGGCGCCCUGUAAGGCCAGGACACCGACUGUG